AUGCCGACCAUUACCAUCAUCCCCGCCUCUUGCAAGACCUCCCUCGCCACCAUUCGGGCUCUGCUCUCUCUUUCUGAUCCCUCAGUCAAGAUACACGGCAUAUACCGCGACUUAUCCAAGGUCCCGGAAGAUUUACUGUCCCACUCCCAAUUUACAGCCCUCCAAGGCGACAUUGACGACCCUUCCCUCGAACUUCCUCCCAGCGACCUGCUUUUCCACACAACCCCUAACACGUAUACCGACGCCGAUGUCUUUGAGCACGCCAAACGACAAACCGAGAACUUGAAAACCGCCAUCCUCAAGUCCUCGACCAUCAAGAAGAUCGUCCUGAUGAGCACAAUGGGGGCCCAGUACUCCUCUGGAACCGGUGAAUUAAAAGCAAAUCACGCCGCUGAAACCACCAUCUCCACCCUGCCCGCCUCCAUCCAAAAGGUCUUUGUCCGCUGCUGCUGGUUCAUGGAAAACUGGGCCUCCGAACUCCCCAAUCUCCUCUCGGACAAGCCCUUCUUCUACUCUACCAUCUCCCCGGCCGAUUUUCCCUUCCCGCACAUUGCCGUGAGGGAUAUUGGCAAGACGUGCGCUCAAGAGCUGUUGUCUACUGCCCCCCCCAAGAGCAAUCCUUACAUCUUUGAGCUUCAGGGCCAGAGCUACAGCUCGAAUGAUGUGAAGAAGAUCUUUGAGGAGUUGCUGGGGAAAGAGGUGGAUAUGAGAGUCAUUCCUCAGGAGGGGCUGUUGGAUUAUUACCGGCAGAUGUUUUCUGAGCAUGUUGCGAGGGAGUAUACGGAGAUGAACCAGAGCUUCUUGGAGGGGGGGAUCCUGUUUUUGAAUCCGGAGCCGACGCCGGGUGGAGAGAUUCGGAGGGGGGAGACGGAGUUGAGGGAGGUGUUGGCGGGAUUGCUGAAGGGACGGGUUUGA